CAAGAAGUAAGACCGAUAAUGGUAAAGAACUGAUCGGUUAAUACCGAGACCUAGAUCAGAAACCAUGGAUAGUGAUGAAGAGGGAGAGAAUGAACCAUUGUCUCUGACUGGCUUUUUGUUUGGAAAUAUUGAUGAAUCGGGACAGCUUGAAAAUGAUUUUUUGGACAUGGAUUCCAAGAGAAAUCUACAUCAGCUGAAUAACUUUGGAAUAGAUUCAUUAUUGAAGGAGAUAACAGAAGAUAUUGAUGCUUCAACACAGGACUCUCAAGACAGCGAAGGGGUGGAAACACAGAGUUCACAAAGUGAUGAUG